GUGAUACAUAACGAUUACCUUGAAUAAUAUUUGUUCCUUCGUCGGAAACCGUGCGGAAAUCACAACUCUUCAUGCACCUCCUCCUCCAUUUCUCUUCACUUUCUCCUACAAAAAUUUCCCCUUACAUUGUUUGAUCUUAGAGAGAGAGAGAGAGAGGGGCAAAAUGGGAAGCAAUGCAAAAGGAAGAACAGAGAUGGAGGUGGGAGAUGAUGGAGUGGCUAUAAUCACCAUCAUCAACCCUCCAGUUAACGCUUUGUCUUUUGAUGUAUUAUUCAGCCUAAGAGAUAACUAUGAACAAGCCUUGAAAAGAGAUGAUGUGAAGGCAAUUGUUGUCACAGGUGCGAAGGGGAAGUUUUCUGGUGGCUUUGAUAUAGCUGCUUUUGGUGUACUCCAAGGAGGAAAGGGGGACCAACCAAGUGUUAGCAACAUAUCAAUUGAAGUUAUCACUGAAAUUUUUGAAGCUGCCCGAAAACCUGCAGUUGCAGCAAUACAUGGGCUUGCUUUGGGUGGAGGUUUAGAGGUUGCAAUGGCCUGUCAUGCUCGAAUAUCAACUCCUACCGCUCUACUAGGUUUGCCCGAACUUCAGCUUGGAAUAAUUCCUGGUUUUGGAGGAACACAACGGCUUCCACGUCUCGUUGGUCUCUCAAAGGCUCUAGAAAUGAUGUUGACAUCAAAGCUAAUUAAAGGACAUGAAGCUCAUUCUUUGGGGCUUGUCGAUGACAUUGCCCCUCCUGAAGAGUUGAUCAUGACUGCACGUAAACGGGCUCUCGAAAUCCUAGAGCGGAGAAGGCCAUGGGUUCAUAGUCUCCAUAGGACUGACAAGUUAGAGUCCCUUGCUGAGGCUAAGGAAAUAUUUGAGACUGCCAGAGUUCAGGCAAGGAAACAGUCACCGAAUCUUAAGCACCCGUUCGCCUGCAUUGACGUCAUUGAAACGGGUGUCGUCUUUGGCCCUCGUGCUGGACUUCGGAAGGAGGUUGAAGAAUUUCAGGGACUCCUACAUACUGAUACUUGUAAAAGCUUAAUUCAUAUCUUCUUUGCCCAGCGUUCGACAACAAAGGUACCCGGGGUUACCGAUCUUGGUUUGGCACCGAGAAGAAUCACGAAAGUUGCUAUCGUGGGAGGAGGAUUAAUGGGAUCUGGAAUAGCUACAGCAUUGAUUCUUAGCAACUAUCCUGUAAUACUUAAAGAAGUGAACGAUGAGUUCUUGCAGGCUGGCAUUGAUAGAGUCAGGGCGAACCUACAAAGCCGAGUUGAAAAAGGGAAUAUGACUAAAGAGAAUUUUGAGAAGACUAUUUCUUUACUCAAGGGAGUUCUUGACUAUGAAAGUUUUAAAGAUGUGGAUAUGGUGAUAGAGGCUGUUACCGAGAAUGUUUCUUUGAAGCAACAGAUCUUUGCUGAUCUUGAGAAAUAUUGCUCACCACAUUGUAUGCUUGCUACUAAUACUUCCACAAUAGAUUUGGAGUUGAUUGGAGAGAGAACGAAGUCUCGUGACAGAAUUAUUGGAGCCCAUUUCUUCAGUCCGGCCCAUGUCAUGCCUCUAUUGGAAAUUGUUCGUACCAAGCAUACAGAUGAACAAGUAAUUGUUGAUCUGCUAGAUGUUGGGAAGACUAUAAAGAAAACGCCUAUUAUCAUUGGAAAUUGCACAGGAUUUGCAGUGAACAGAAUGUUUUUCCCCUACUCUCAGGCUGCCAUUUUACUUGCCGAACGUGGAGUAGAUCCCUAUCGAAUUGAUAGGGCGAUUUCCAAGUUUGGAAUGCCAAUGGGACCCUUCAGGUUGUGUGACCUCGUUGGUUUCGGUGUGGCAGAAGCAGCUACCAGUCAGCUUGUUCAAGUUUUUCCAGAAAGAACUUAUAAAUCUGUGCUAAUUCCUCUUAUGCAAGAGGAUAAGAAUGCAGGUGAAUCCACUCGUAAAGGUUUCUAUGUCUAUGACCAGAAUCGUAAAGCUGGGCCAAAUCCGGAGUUAAAGAGUUAUAUCGAGAAGGCUCGGAGCACUUCCGGUAUUUCAGUUGAUCCUAAGCUAAUGAAGUUAUCGGAAAAGGACAUUGUGGAGAUGAUAUUAUUCCCGGUGGUGAAUGAGGCAUGCCGUGUCCUAGCAGAAGGCAUAGCGGUCAAAGCAGCCGACCUGGACAUUGCUGGUGUAAUGGGAAUGGGUUUCCCCUCUUACAGGGGAGGACUCAUGUUCUGGGCGGAUUCUCUUGGAUCAAAUUACAUCUAUUCAAGAUUGGAGGAAUGGUCGAAACAGUAUGGUGGAUUUUUCAAGUCUUGUGGAUACUUGGCUGAAAGAGCUACUCAGGGUGCAACUCUGGUGAGAAAUCGACAUCCUAAUUUAACCGAGCUUAUUUUCCGUGCACCUAAAUCCUCAUCUCUUAUACAUCUCCCACAUAAAUCAAGAGCUGAACUCUAGCCAAAACAGCAAGCUAAGAAACAGAUUAAGUCUAUUUUUGGCAAACAAAAGAUGUGAUGGAAUAAGUUUCGAGGCAAAAGCUCGGAGCAUCCAAAUAUCCUAUGGAAUACAAGAUCGCUUGCCAACUUCUAAGGGACUAAUGAACUUUCCAGAUAUCAAUUCUGAUAGAAUUUAAGCCUCACAACCAAAUAACCAACAACAAACUAAAACAAAAUUACUAAGUCACGAUUAUUCAUCCAUAUUACAUACUACGCUGCAUCACUUUGAGACUCCGGAUGAUAUUGCCCAGAGUUAUUGAGAAUGGAAAGAAACACUCCUGAAUUGCCAAUCCUAGUUACAUAUUUAUGAUGAUAAUUGCUUCUCAAAGUGGUGCUUAUUUUUGGCUUGAAUGCAGAGUGCUCCUGCUGGUGAUGCUAAACCUCGAAUAUAAGAUUGAUCAACUCAACUGGAAGUUUUUUUGUGUUUCUUCUGAAAAUCUAGAUGAGAUUCCUCGGAUUGGGCUUGGACGAAUAAUGUAUUGAGGUAGAGGUUGUACCUAUGGAAGACAUUUAUUUUUGAAGGAGUUUGAGUAGGAGCAAUAUUUCAAUUGGUAGCAUUCUUUAUCAUUUUCUCUUUUGAUGGAGCUUUUGGGAGUUUACAUUCGUUUAGAUUCUAGAAAUUUUUCAAAAUGUAUCCCUCCUAUCAAUCCCAUUAUUGUCACCCAAUACCUUAAAUGCUAUCUAAUUGUAAGUUAUUGGGUCUACAAAGUACAAACAAGGAAGUCGAGUACAGAGUUUUCCGGGAGAUAAACUUCACAGAUUUCAUAACUAUUUUCAUCAAAUUUGAACUAAAACAGGAUAUGCCAAAUAAUCUGCUAUGUUAGAAGCAAUAU